CGAUUUUCGCAUAUAUUGUAUCUGGCUCUUAUACUCUAUAGAUAAAUCUGUCAAGGGCCAUAGAACCACUCGCUCGUCCGCCAGCAACCCUGAAUCUGCAUUCGAACAGCCAACAUGGGUAUCUCCUGGCUCCUCAAACCCGUUGCCCUCGUAUCUACCGUCGCACUUUCAACGCUUGGUGUCUUAUCAAGGCGCUAUCAACGUGCGCGAUUCUACUUCAAUCUUACCAUCUAUGUCUCCACUUUAGGUCUCAUGAGUGUCUGGGGGGUAGUAGUUAGUAUUUUGGCAACUGCUGCUGGUCAGAGAUUAAACAUCAACUACUAUGUGGCUAGAUCACUCUAUGGACUCAGUGGUCCUCUGCUUGGGAUCAAAUUUGAGGUUGAAGGAGAGGAGCAUCUUGAGGGGCUUAUGACGGCUAGGGAUGGGCAACACCAGGGAGCUGUGCUUCUGAGUAACCACCAGAGUUUCUUGGACAUUCUUUAUAUCGGAAGGAUCUUCCCUAAGCAGGCCGCCAUUAUGGCGAAGAAAGAGCUCAAGUGGACUCCUCUUCUUGGUCAAUUCAUGUCUCUCUCUGGAGCUGUAUUUGUCAACAGAAAAAAUAGACAUGAUGCAGUUAAGGCCCUUGCAAUUGCUGGCGAGGACAUGAAGAAGAAGGGCGUCUCUCUUUGGAUCUUCCCCGAGGGAACACGUUCGUCUUCUCCUGAACCUACCCUCCUUCCUUUCAAAAAGGGUGCUUUCCACCUUGCGGUCCAAGCUCAGAUUCCUAUUGUCCCUAUCGUGUGUGAAAACUAUCACAGACUCUUCGACGGACGCACAAGGUUUGAGUCCGGUGUUCUCAAGAUUCGAGUGCUCCCCCCAAUUCCUACAACCGGUCUGACUGUUGACGACGUUACUUCUCUUGCCGAGUCCACUCGCGAAAGUAUGCUUCACGCUCUCCGAGAAAUAUCUGAACCAGGGCCUUCAUCCUCUACCCCCAUCCCUACCUCUGCUGAAGUCCCUCUUGCACCCCCCAUAUCUAGAAAUACCACUCAGCCUCCCGCCGGUGACUCCAUACAACUUGACAUCUCUGAAAGUGGCGCCCUCCGCCAGCGUGGUGUUCACUCUAGUGGUGUUUCAAGUGAGUGGUCUGAGGGAAAGUUCGAGGCGCAAAGUGAGGAGACAACAGAGGAUGAGAUGGACGAGGACGUGGUUUUGUUGAAGAAGCCGAAGGAGAAUGUGGCGUAAAAUGUAGAAGAGGGAUUUGCGGGAGGCCAGGAACGUUUUGGGCUGUCCGUAUUAUCAGUGUAACGUAGCAUGGGGCGGUCAUGCAUUAACGCUGUUUGUAUC